AUGAAGGAAUACUCCAGCCAUGCAGAGAAAGCACGCUUGAAAGCAGUAGAGUUCUACGAGAUGUGCAAGGAGAAGCUGAACCCUGGUGGAAUCCUGGUCACCCAGGCCAGUGGAGCGGGUGUGAAGAUGUACAAGGCAGUCCUAUCACCAGUGCUGAACACCCUGAAGCAGGUCUUCCCGGCGGCGCGCGCCUACAAGGAAGCAGUUUAUUCCUUUGCCGAUGAGUGGGGCUUCGUGAUUGGCCACAGUGACCCUAGCACUGCCUCUAUCACACCCGAGGAGGUGGACCGUCGGAUUGCCGAGCGGAUCACGGGAUCCCUCCAAUUCCUCGAUGGUGAGAGCUACACCGGCAUUUUCUGCCUCUCCAAGCAGAUGAGAUCAGACUUAUCGGCGGAGACACGGAUUUUGUCCAAGGACAACCCCGCAGUGUUCCUGUCGCACAUGGAGGGCGUGAGCCAGUACACCAAGGAGCUGAAAUUGACAACCUGA